GGUGGUGGAGGAGGUGGAGGCGGCAAAGGAGGUGGAGGCGGCAGCGGAGGUGGGGGCAGGAGCGGCGGUGGCGGAGGAGGAGGAGGAGGAAAGGGAGGUGGCGAAGGAGGUUCAGGCAAGUACGGCGGCGGAUACAGCGGCGGGCACGCUGGUGGCGGCGGUGGCGCAGGCAAGUCCGGCGGCUACCACGGCGGCGGUGGGGGCGACAGCAUGAAGGCUCCCGGCGGCGACGGAUCGUACAUCUCCCGCUCCGGCUUCGAGUCCAACCCGCAGGGCUACUUCCAGGGCCUCCAUGGCGAUGGCAAGUAGAGGUUUUGGAGCGCUCCAAAAGUUAGGCUGCUAAUCGAUCAGAAUUCGCGAUUAUGGCCCAUGAAUGGUGGCUUCUAAAUAAUGUAUUAUCGAGUCUGUAAGGCAGUCUACUUUCUCCAAAUCUCUGUUAUGUAUCGGAUUAUCGUGGAAAUCUAAGUGAAUGCG